GUGACGUGAUGACACGGAGGAGUUGGUCUUAACACUUUAUAAAGCUUCUCUGUCCGCGGCGAGCCACUCUUUUAAAGACCACUGUUGCUGAAACUUCUCACUCUCACUCACGCACUGGAAGCAGGCGAGACAUCUAGACAUCACCGUUCAUCAUGAGUGAGAGACAAGGAUCUGGAGCAGCUGCUGGCAACAACAAGACAUCUGGAGGACAAGAUGAGUCCAAGGCAGAUGUUCCCGAGGACUUCGACAUCGACAUGGAGAACCCAGAGACUGAGAAGGCAGCCGUCGCCAUCCAGUCCCAGUUCAGGAAGUUCCAGAAGAAGAAGCGUGUCGAGAAGUCCUAGUGAGCACCAUGUUACUCUGCCACUGUGUGUAGAGAUGGCAGGCAGAAGCGUCGGCACAGUGACGAUGGUGUGACAUUUGCAUGUAAAUAAAUUCAUACCUGUUGGAACUCCAGGGGUGGUGAGGGGGUGUGGGGGAGAGAGAAUGCAAUAGCCUGUUAAUCAUAUGACAUGUCUGUGAAUUUUCAUUAUGUAUCCUAUUAUUAUAAUUACUAUCAUUGUUAUUAUUAUUUGACUACUAUAUCAAUACAUGAGUAACUGAAGGAGUUAUAAACAUAUGGUUUCUGUCCUGCCAUAUUUGUCCCAUAUAUCAUGAAGUCUAGUUGGUGUUUGUGUUAGAAUAUGUUUUUGUACAGCCUCAUAGAGUUACACCUACCAUUCCUUUCUGUACUGCUCAGGACUAUGUUUCCAACAAAAAACAAAAACAAAAAACAAAAAAAACCACAUACCUGUAUUUUGUGAGUAGAUGGAGCAAAAGUGAUGUUAGAUUGAAGAUUGUUUUUAGGAAACUUAGCCUAUAUCCCAUCCUAACAGAUUAUUUCACCCAGAGGCAUUUGUCUUACCUGCAUGGUACUAUGAAGCUGUGUAUCAAUGUACAUUGAAUAAAUAAAGACUCUGUGUGGAA